GGGGUUUUCUACCUCGGAAUCUUCUCGAUGCCCGUGACUUUCAACUUUCGCUUUAUAUUUCUCUAAACUCCAGUAGCCUGCUAAUAUUAUGAGAGGAAAUGACCUUCGAAAAUACUAGGAAUCUCUUCACUAAGGACGGUUACGAUCAACUCUCGGAUACAGUGACAACCAGUGAUGCAGAUCUAGAGGAUGAGCAAAAUUCACUCUCGCGAGAGAAGGACUAUAGGCGGAACACAACAAUAUUCUUACCGGAAACUAGGCAGGGAAUUUUAAUAUCCGUAUGGUUAUCCGUCGUAUGCAUUGCGCUGGCUAUAAUCGUGACGAACGUUCUGCGGGAGAAACACAACGCUAAGAUUGAGGAUAUUUGCUUUGAGCAUUCGACAUAUUAUAGCCCCGUAAUUAAAGAUAUCGAUACGACACCACGCCUCGUCACCACCAACGGAAGCCUUAACUGGCCUUCCAUAUACCGACAACCUCCAGGUCCAGAGGUAGACGCAGCAUGGGAUGAGAUAUCGUCUAAUAUGGGCGUGUUUGCGCUCCCGGAAGAAAUCGCUCUAAAGGCCGGACUGCAUAAAGGCGAUGUACGUGUUCCAGCUGGUUAUCAGGGUAGUGGAGAUUACAUAGCGUCUCUGGAGUUAACGCAUCAAUUGCACUGUGUGAACUUUCUUCGCAAAGCCAUCUGGUUCAAUUAUCCACACUACAGAAACAACGGCGACGAAUUCCGUGAUCCGCAACCAGUCCUCGAAAUGCAUCUAUACCACUGCCUUGAAACCCUCCGUCAAUCAAUAAUGUGUCACGCCGACCCCGGUGUAGUAGGUUACAAAUUUGUUCGUGGUCGUGAGCAGAGACCCUAUCCGGAUUUUAAUACGCCGCAUAAAUGUAGAGAUUGGAGGGGGAUGAUUGAUUGGGCAUAUAGACAUAUGGUUCCUGGGCAUCCGGAGGAGGAGGAUUUUGUGCCGGGGAUGGAUGAGAUUGUUUAUGAUGUGGAGCCUUGAUUGUGCCUAUUAGUACUAGUUAGUUGAUGGUAUCACUUUAUGCAAGAACUAAGGAGGAGCGACGUGGCUCUAUUUAUUAAAAGAAGGAAUGAAAGCGAAUUGGUGC